AUGCCAAAUGCAAAAAGCUGUUCCAAUGGCGCACGCACUCGUCAGGCACCAACUGGAUUUUCUCUUCGAAAGGAAUUUUUUUCUCAUUUUUUUCUUAUCUAUCUAUCUAUCUAUCUAUCUAUCUAUCUAUCUAUCGAUCUAUCUAUCUAUCUAUCUAUUUCUUUCUUUCUUUUUAAAUCAGCUCCUAUCUAUAUAUCUUGCUUUAUAUAUAUAUAUCUAUGCAUUCACAAUUACGACUUAAUAGUGAUUUUUCUGUCGGGGCUCAAAACAGUGAAGAGGUAUACUGCUUUCCUAUCUAUCUAUCUAUCUAUCUAUCUAUCUAUCUAUCAGUUUUUUGUUUAUACCUGUUUAUCUAUCUAUUCCAUUCUCAUUAAUAUCUAUCUAUCUAUCUAUCUAUCUAUCUAUCUAUCUCAUUUCUCUGAUCAUAUCUAUCUAUCUAUCUAUCUAUCUAUCUAUCUAUCAGUUUGUUUAUACCUGUUUAUCUAUUCUAUCUAUUCCUCAUUAAUAUCUAUCUAUCUAUCUAUCUAUCUAUCUAUAUCUAUCUAUCUAUCUAUCAGUUUGUUUUAUACCUGUUUAUCUAUCUAUUCCAUUCUCAUUAAUAUCUAUCUAUCUCAUUCUCUGAUCAUAUCUAUCUAUCUAUCUAUCUAUCUAUCUAUCUAUCUAUCAUUUGUUUAUACCUGUUUAUCUAUCUAUUCCAUUCUCAUUAAUAUCUAUCUAUCUAUCUAUCUAUCUAUCUAUCUAUCUAUCUAUCUAUCUAUCUCAUUCUCUGAUCAUAUCUAUCUAUCUAUCUAUCUAUCUAUCUAUCUAUCUAUCUAUCUAUCUAUCAGUUUGUUUAUACCUUUUGUUUAUACCUGUUUAUCUAUCUAUUCCAUUCUCAUUAAUAUCUAUCUAUCUCAUCUAUCUAUCUAUCUGAUCAUAUCUAUCUAUCUAUCUAUCUAUCUAUCUAUCUAUCAGUUUGUUUAUACCUGUUUAUCUAUCUAUUCCAUUCUCAUUAAUAUCUAUCUAUCUAUCUAUCUAUCUAUCUAUCUAUCUAUCUAUCUAUCUCAUUCUCUGAUCAUAUCUAUCUAUCUAUCUAUCUAUCAGUUUUUUGUUUAUACCUGUUUAUCUAUCUAUUCCAUUCUCAUUAAUAUCUAUCUAUCUAUCUAUCUAUCUAUCUAUCUAUCUAUCUAUCUAUCUAUCAGUUUGUUUAUACCUGUUUAUCUAUCUAUUCCAUUCUCAUUAAUAUCUAUCUAUCUAUCUAUCUAUCUAUCUAUCUAUCUAUCUAUCUAUCUAUCUCAUUCUCUGAUCAUAUCUAUCUAUCUAUCUAUCUAUCUAUCUAUCUAUCUAUCUAUCUAUUUCCAAUCUAUAAACGCUCUCUCUCUCUCUCUCUCUCUCUCUCUCCGGUAUUGA